AUGUUUUCCAACUCCGACAUCACGCUCCCCGAGCCCAAAAAUGAGCCCGAGGAAAAUGAACCCGAGGCCGACGAGACGGAGAGCGAGGACGGACAGGAAGACCGGGUGUCCAGAAAGGAGAAAAGUUUAGGCUUACUUUGUCAGAGGUUCCUGCUGGCGAUGAAAGCCGAGACCGAAGCCAACAAGACCAUGACUGUUCAUUUGGAGAGUGUGGCAAGGAAAAUGAAUGUGGAAAAACGGCGGAUAUACGACAUUGUGAACGUCAUGGAGGCGCUGGAAGCCAUGUCGAAGACCAACAAAUCCUUCUAUAUUUGGCAUGGUCUACACGCCUUGCCGAAGUUGAUGGCUGACCUGCAGAAGGAAGCCGCCGAGGAGAAGCUGCCUGAACGCAUCCUUCGGGUCGAGCAGGCCAUGUGCUCAUUCACAGAGCUCGGCUCGGGUCAGGCCAGGGAUACUGUAGGCUCCUUCCUCCAAAUCCCUGACGCCACUACCGUAAUCCCGCCCCUGACCCCGACGCAGCGUAGUGAGUCGGAACAGGAGAAAAAGGCCAAAACCAUCUGCCGUGACCGGAACACCCGGAAUUCCCUCGCCCAGCUUUGCCGACGUUUUCUGAUGGUCCUACUGUGCAAUCCGAAAACUGCCCGGAAAGUAAGCCUGGACGUGGCGAGCACGGUGCUGAUCAAGGACCCGGAGACCGAGGGAUUUGAACCGCCGAGCAGGAGCCGCUGCCGUCGUCUGUACGACAUCGCAAACGUGCUCGUCGCCAUUGGACUCAUCAAAAAAGUCCACUACCUUUUCGGCACCAAGAAAAUCCCGCUGUUCGUCUACUCGGGGCCCGAGCCGGACGAAAACGGCAUCUUUGACGAGUCGGUCUGCUUCACGCAACAGCCCCUGCUCUCCCCGGCCUCGUGCCCCCAGACGCCGCUACAAAAGCAAAGCCAGGGGAAUCUCGCCUGCAAGCGAAGCCAGUCCGACUUUGACCUGGCCAACGCGAGCAAGCUGCCGAAGUUUGGAAACGACUACCGUAUGGACUCGAUGAUGCAGCUGGCCGAGCUGGCGGACAGGGAACGGAAGCGGAUAGAAGCCGAGGCAAAAAUGAUGCAGAGGCCCAAGCCGCAGAACAUCCUCCUCAACCCGACCCUCUCGCCCUUGCCGAGCUAUUUGGGAGUAUCGCCUGUUAAUAAUCAAAAUAAAACGCCCCUCCUCUACCAGCAAUACUCGCCGAUGUCGAUGUCGGCGGGAUCGAGCCCAAAACCCCAGCAGCCCCAAUUCCAGCCGAUCGUGUUGCCGAAACCGCCCACCUGGAUCCCCACCGCUCAAAACAUGCAGUUCUUCCGGAACCUCGCCCUGGCGCAGCGGGCCCAGAUGAUGAUGCGGCCGAGCACGAGCCAGGAGGAGCAGAAGCCGGAUUGCAUCCCGACGCCUGCCACUUCCGCCAGCCAAUACUCACGCCACUCCGUCUCCAGCAUUCUUGGAGUAGCGUCGCCCAGCUCUGGGCUUAAGUCCAUGGACACCGAGAAAGCGAUGGAGGACGUGAAGACGAAGCUCGACCAUCUCGACACCUCCCCCUUCCAGUUUGUGCCGCAGAGGAAGCCGCUGGCCGGCCUCCAGGGGAAAAGCCCUGCAAAGAAACCCUUCGGCAAAAGCAGCUUCACAAACUGC